CUUCAUGUCUUGAUUACAAAGGCCGCUCGAGUGCUCCAAAACACACUGAAGGGUCGAGCUGCUCUAGCGACCACGAGAAACAAGUAGAACAAUGCUCAUGGUGCUUCUGAACGACGUGAUACCUCAUGAAACGCUAAUGAGGCAGGCUCGACCGCGAUUGGUAUCUAGACGUCACAACUUUCGCAACGGGUAGCAGCUACCCGCGCGCAAGACCACAUCUACGUCUUCCAUUUCAAUGCAUCGCAUACUCUUCAGUCACCUUGUUUAGUUUCUGCUCUUUCGCCUGCUCCACAUAUUCGCUUCGCACCAUGCUCUUCACCCUGGUCUGCGGCGCUCUCGCAGCGAUCGCGCUGUACAAAGGCUCCGUCCUGUACAGACAGUGGCAGACCAAUAUAGCGCUUGCAAAGAGCUCAGGGCUACCCGUCGUUGUAAUACCAUGGAACGUCUUCAGUAUUUUCUGGCUUGCUACCUUCUAUAUUUGGAUCCCAGUCCUGGAAGUGAUUUUGCCUGCUUCGUGGCGAGGGGCCUGGUUUGACCUGCUGGACCCAGAGUGGGGUUACCGAAAGGGCUAUGCACCGUUCGAAAAGAUUGGCGGCGAUGUCUUUAUUAUCGCCUCAGCAACUCAGCUUACAGCAUUCGUUGCCGAUGCUGAAACUGUAGCACAAAUCACAGCUAGAAGAAAUGACUUUCCUAAGCCUCUCGAGAUGUAUGGCGCUCUUGAUAUCUAUGGCAAGAACCUCGUCUCCACCGAAGGUCUAGACUGGCGUAUGCACCGAAAGCUAACUGCACCGAGUUUCGGUGAAAAGAACAACGAAUUGGUAUUCAAAGAGUCGCUUCACCAUGCAAAAUCACUUAUUGGACUUUGGACUGGACCAGAUGGGCAAGGAAACGAAACGGUACAGAAUCCAGCUGUAGCAACAAUGAGCUUCGCACUCUUCGUAAUUAGCUCAGCAGGCUUCGACGUUCGCGUCAAGUGGCCUCACGAGGAGAAGAACAGAACAACGUCUGCUGAGAGUGGUGAGUCCAAGUCAAUGCUAGUUGGCUCCGAAAAGUCAGCGGGUCAUAACAUGACCUACCGCGAAGCUAUCAGCGAACUGCUUCACAACAUCAUGUGGACCCAAAUAAUACCUCCAAAGUAUCUGCCUUUCUCUCCUGUCAAGGUUCAUCGUACUGUCGGCGCCGCCGUCACCGAAUGGGGACAGUACAUGGAUGAGCUGUACGAGAGGAAGAAGCAGCAGGUUGCAUCUGGUGACACCAACAACGCCGGUAUGGACCUGUUCGACGCCCUCAUUCGUGGAAGCGGAAUCACAGAGGGGAAAACGGAUGUUCGAAAGAGCGACAUCUUGGGCAAUGCCUUUGUGCUGAUGCUCGCUGGUCACGAGACUACUGCAAACACACUUCACUUCUCUCUCAUUUUCCUUGCCAUGCAUCGCGAGUCACAGAAGAGGCUACAGCAAGACGUCGACAAGGUAUUCCAAGGGAAGCCAGUCGAACAAUGGGUCUACGAAGAGCACUUCCCGAAGCUUUUCAGCGGCAUGGCCGCCGCAGUCAUGAAUGAGACGUUGCGCCUGUUACAGCCGAUCGUUAAUAUUCCAAAAUCUACUGCACCGGGACGACCGCAGAACUUCACCAUGGGCGACAAGACAUACACAAUGCCAGGAGGCACACACGUAUUCCUUAAUUCAGCGAUCCACCGCAAUCCAAAGUACUGGCCGGCACCCUCAAGUGCUACAAGCACAGCCGUCACUUCUGCAAGCGAUGUCAACACGUUCCGCCCCGAGCGCUGGCUAUCCGCUUCCAAACUCGAGGACAGCUUCAUCGACAUCGGCUACGAUGACGAAGACCUCCGCGGUCCCUCGGGCGAGGAUACCUCCGCCUCGCUCUUCAAGCCUGUAAAAGGCUCUUAUAUUCCCUUCAGCGACGGCUUCCGGUCUUGUAUAGGGCGGCGCUUCGCACAGGUUGAGAUUCUGGCCGUCCUCGCAGCCGUCUUCUCGCAGUUCAGUGUCGAGCUCGCGGUGGAAGAAUGGGCGUCAGACGAAGAGGUGGCGGCGAUGGACAGGAAGGCGCGAGCGGAGGUGUAUCAAAAGGCGGUGGACAGAGCAGACUCAGUACUCAGGACCAAGGUUGCUAGCAUCAUCACGCUGCAGCUCAGAGGCACGAGUAUCCCCAUCCGCUUGGUUCGACGUGGGGAGGAGAGGUUCGGUGUUUGAACAGACGACGGGCAGGUACACGGUAGAGCCCUGCAGACACAGAUGUACAUCAGCAUGUAGCAUUCACACAUACAUAGGUACGUACACAACGACAGACAUACAUACACAGUACAAAUGCGGCGCCUACCCAUCCGAUCCCGCGCCUCCGCGAUCGUCGAACCCACGAUCGAUCCCAAUGUU